GGCUUAACUAGGAGCCGGGGGACAAAGGCGAGUUAAAAAUAAAAACCCUUCUCCCGCCGGCCUCCAGGGCUGGAACCCAAGCGGAGCCCCUGCCGGCAGGGGCGAGCGGCCUGCGCGCCCAUUGCGCACGCGCGCUCACUCGGGCGCUUCCGGGGGGCGGAGCCGGUGGGUCCCACCCCCGCGGCCCUUCUCUUGUCACGUGUCGCGGGCGCUUGCGAGUCACGUGAGGCCCAGGUGGCGCCGGCGGCGCAGUUGGGAGGGAGUGGAAAAAGAGGAAGGGGGAAGCCGGAAGGGGCGUCAGUGGAGCUAAGAGGGGGGCACGAAAGACAGCUCCGGGGGGCUGCGCGCGCACGGGCUCCUGGUUCCGCGGGGCUGGGCCUCGGUCUCGGCGGCCAGGUGACAGCUGGGCCCGGCCGCCGCCUGGUGCCGCCCUUCCCCCGCGCCGGCGCUGCGGGUGCCGCCUGCGGGGCUCGAUGCCAGUCGGCCACGUCCGGGGCAGUGUUUGAGUCCCCGACCCGGAUCGCGGACUGUCUCUUUCCCCUCCCUGCCCCGUCGCUGCUCCAAAGCCCCAGGAUGCAGAAUGUGAUCAACACGGUGAAGGGAAAGGCUCUGGAAGUGGCCGAGUACCUGACCCCGGUCCUCAAGGAAUCAAAAUUUAAGGAGACAGGUGUACUCACCCCGGAAGAGUUUGUGGCAGCUGGAGAUCACUUAGUCCACCACUGUCCGACAUGGCAAUGGGCUACAGGGGAAGAAUUGAAAGUGAAGGCAUAUCUACCAACAGGGAAACAAUUUUUGGUAACCAAAAAUGUUCCAUGCUACAAACGGUGUAAACAGAUGGAAUAUUCAGAUGAAUUGGAAGCUAUCAUUGAAGAAGAUGAUGGUGAUGGGGGAUGGGUAGAUACAUACCACAACACAGGCAUUACAGGAGUUACUGAAACAGUUAAGGAGAUUACACUGGAAAGCAAGGACAGUAUAAAACUCCAAGAUUGUUCAGCACUGUGUGAUGAGGAAGAAGAGGAAGAUGAAGGGGAAGCUGCAGAUAUGGAAGAAUAUGAAGAGAGUGGAUUGUUGGAAACAGAUGAGGCUACCCUAGACACGAGGAAAAUAGUGGAAGCUUGUAAAAGUAAAGCUGAUGCUGGAGGAGAAGAUGCUAUUUUGCAAACAAGAACUUACGAUCUCUACAUCACUUAUGACAAAUAUUACCAGACACCACGGCUAUGGUUGUUUGGCUAUGAUGAGCAACGGCAGCCUUUAACAGUGGAGCACAUGUAUGAAGACAUCAGUCAAGAUCACGUGAAGAAAACAGUGACCAUUGAAAACCAUCCUCAUCUCCCACCACCUCCUAUGUGUUCAGUUCACCCAUGCAGGCAUGCUGAAGUGAUGAAGAAAAUUAUUGAGACAGUUGCAGAAGGUGGGGGAGAGCUUGGCGUUCAUAUGUAUCUUCUAAUUUUUUUGAAAUUUGUACAAGCUGUCAUUCCAACAAUAGAAUAUGACUACACAAGACACUUUACAAUGUAGUGAAGAGGAUAUAGAGUGUAUCCUAAUUACUGCUUCUGAUUUUUAAAGAAUUAAUACAUAGAUGUGACCAUUGACCAUAUUUACCAAUAAGUAUAAUUUCUCUAAUAAAGGGACUUAUAUGUUUAUGCAUUAAAUAAAAACUGUUCCAUUACCAGCCUUAUUUGUUUAAUAAAAAUGAGUGUGAAGAAA